GCAGUGCCAAAAAAAAAUCCAACACUUAAAGAAGGUAAAAACAAGAUCACAGUUACAAGUAGCACCAAAAAAAAUCUAACACUCAAGAGAGAUAAGAACAAGAUUACAAUACCAAAAAAAAAUCUAAUGCUCAAGAAAGUAAGAACAAGAUCACAGUUACAAGUAGUACCAAAAAAAAAUCCAAUUCUCAAGAGAG